AUGAUGGAAGCGGUAUGUUUGGAAGGACUUACUGAUCUUGGUGGAUCAGAUAGCUUUGCUGUUACAGGCAACCUUAUAAUCCAAAUAGUGUGCAACAAGAAGGAACAAUCCAAAAGCUGGCUUCGUUUGGGGGGCGGAAGUGCUACUGGUUUGCCUAGUAGUGCCCAACCAGUGCCAAAUCCUGGUACCGGACCUCCUGGGCCUGAAUACCAUGAAUAUGGUAGCUAUCCCACCGAGGCCCAGGCUGCCUCAACCACCACAUGGGCCUCUCCAUCCAUCACAUCAUGUGCAUCCAUCACACUCUUAUUCGGAUAUCAUCCUGGGCCAGAUCCAAUGUAUUGGAGAUAUGGGAGUCCUGGGCUGGUGCACCUGGUGCUAAUAGGUACUCAUCUAUUACACCAGGUUACAGACAUUCAUAUGAACAUCAACAAAAAAAUGCACCAAUACCCUCCUCAACAGGCUGCUGGGUUAGGCGGUUUGCAACCACAAAAUGGUACAUACAUUCCAAGACAGCCUCAUUUUUUUCCCCAACCUUCAUCACAACAAAUUUAUGGGGCAACAACAGAACUAUCCAAAUUACACACAAAUGCAUCCUCCUUCUGCAACGAGACAUUUCACAACAUCCAGCUUAUCAUCAACAGAUUGAUGUAA